CCUGCCCACACACCCGCAUCCGCACGCUGCUGCCAUCAUGGGCAUGGACAUUGAGAGUCUGGCGCGGGCCAUUGCCGAUCGAUCGCCACAGCAUGCGCAUGUCUCUGCCUCCGCCACACUCGAGGCGUACAUCGCCGCCAUGGUGGCCGCCGCUCCGCUCAACGCUCUCGUCGCAGAUCGGUUCGACCAAGCCCGCGUAGAGGCUUCUGCCAUUGAUGCUGCGCUGGAGGCCGGCAAGGAGGUCGGCGAGUAUGCCGGCGUGCCUAUCACUGUCAAAGAGUGCUUUGCCGUAGCCGGCAUGCCGAACACAUCCGGCGUGGCGGCCCGGACUGGCGUACGGGUGCCGCCUGGUGGCGACGCGCCGGUUGUCACCGCGCUCAAGGCUGCAGGCUUUGUCAUCAUGGGCGUGACCAACGUGUCCGAGGCCUGCAUGUGGUUUGAGUCCCACAACAGUGUCUACGGCACAACUUGCAAUCCGUAUGAUCUGUCGCGGACAUGUGGUGGGUCUUCGGGCGGGGAGGCCGCGCUGGUCGGCGCCGGCGCAAGUCUCGGCGGGGUCACCUCAGACGUCGGUGGCUCGACCCGAAUGCCAGCGUUCUUCAACGGUGUCUUUGGCCUCAAGCCGAGUCCAGGCAGAGUGCCCAAUCUCGGCCAGUAUCCGCUCGGCGAAGGCGAGAUCCAGCACAUUCUCUCGACCGGCCCAGUGGCGCGGCGGGCUGCCGAUCUGCUCCCACUGCUGCGGGUCAUGUCGUCACCAACCGCCGCCACCGCCGCCGCCGCCGCACCCAACGGCCCACUGUGGAACGAGUGGUCAGCAGUGGAAGAGCUGCCGCCACUGCCGCGACAGCUGCCGGCUUUUGAUGCAAGGCGCCUCCGGGUACUGACCUGCCUCACGCAUCCGUGCGAUGUCCCGUUGGCCGUGACUCGCGUCCAGCCCGCGAUGAUUGGCGCGCUCGCGCGGGCAGCCGGCGUGCUGCAGGCGGCCGGCGCGAGCCUCGAGGCGCGCGAGUAUCCGGCGUUUGGCAAGGCCUUUGACAUGUGGUCAGCCAAACUUGCCCUGGCGCGUCGUGUCCCGUUCAAGAGCCACAUCGGCAUCCCGGACCACGAGUGGGUGAUCGGCCACCUUGCCGAGUGCGUUCUUGGCGCCUCGCUGCACACCUUUCCCGCGCUCUUGCUUGCGCUUCUGGAAGACAUUGGGCAGCUGAUGCCAGGUCGCACCCAACGGUCAGCGGCGCUUGCUGAUGAGCUCGGCGCCGAACUCAACGCCGAGUUGAGUGCAAGCAGCGAGGCACAUGACGCGAGCGUUCUGCUCUUCCCGUCGUUCCCGUAUCCCGCGCCGCGACACAAGACGACGCUGUUUGCGCCGCUCGACUGGGUCUUCACUGCGCUGUUUAACGUGCUCAAGCUCCCAGUGGUCCAGGUCCCGAUGGGCAUCGACCACGAGAGCAGACUCCCGCUCGGGGUCCAGGUUGUUGGCGCGCGCGGGAGCGAGGUGCUGCUCCUGCAAGUGGCGGCGGCACUGGAGGCGGCAACCGGCGGAUGGAUGCGUCCCAGCCUCUAA